CUCUAUCCUCUCGUUGGAGGAAAUGAAGACUUCGGGUGAAGCGUUCUGUGUGCGGGGCUGAUUGUACACGCCGGGAGGUGUUGUGUGCUGAAUAUUGCACCUUACCAUAUGGCGGUGUGCUGAGAGCACAAGACCUUGAUGUGCAUGUAGACUCGCUGGAAGAUGGUAGGUCCAGAGGGUGGCUGCCGCAGCGUCCUUGUCCGUAACCAACAGGUAACCCGGGCUGCAGACAAUGUCUGAGAAUGGCAGCAUCAAGCUAGUGGUGACAGGAGAUGACUUUGGCUACUGCCCUCGCAGAGAUGUUGGCAUUGUUGAAUGUUUCAACGCUGGCGCCAUUACUAACGUUUCUCUUAUAGUGAAUGGCAGCAAUGCAGCUUGUGCGGCAGACCUGGCACGCAGGCAUAAUAUCCCUAUUGGUUUGCACGCUAAUCUCUCAGAAGGAAUACCAGUAUGUAAAGAAUUACGCCAAGAACAAUGUAAGAGCUCUACUCUUAUCAAUGCUCAAGGAGUCUUUCUUGGGAAAAUGGGUAUCCGAAAAGCACUUGCGCAAGGGCUACUUAGCAUGUCAGAGGUCCGUCAAGAAUUGACUGCCCAGGUGAAGCUGUUUCGGGAGUUGACUGGACAGAACCCUCAACACAUGGAUGGACAUCAGCAUGUUCAUGUCUUACCAAAAAUCAGGGAGGAGUUUGCGCAAGUUCUGAGUGAGUAUGGUAUACCUUACACGCGUGUUCCUGUAGAAGUAGGAUUGCGCAGAUGUCACUGGAUCAAGAAGGAACUGAUGGAGUUUUACAGAACUGUGGAGGAAGAUGCAUUAAAUACUGUGGAAAUCUUUAGAAGCCAUGGGAUUCGGUGGCCUGAUGUAUACAUUGGUCUAAGUACCAUGGGAGAGAACAUGACAAUAAAGAAUAUUGACCGAGCCAUCGAUUACAGCGUUCAGUCUCUUCGCAACUGUCUGACACAACAAAGUUCACUGUACAGUCUAACUUCCAACUCCAGCACCAGUAUUGAACUGAUGACCCACCCAGGCUACCCCAGUGUAUUAUCAGAAGGGGGCUGCGGAGAGGGUCCUGAUGACUUUUCUCAGUCUUGGGAAAGAUUACAUGAAAUGAAAACUCUUAAAGACCCAUUAUUGCAUAGUUAUUACAGUGAAAGAGGUGUACGCCUGUGCGCGUUCAGAGACCUUUGAUUAUUGACCUAAUGGUGUAUCCUCUGUUGAGCAGCACAUUGGAACAGAGAAAUUACUUUGUUCUUAAAAAAAUUUAUAGAAGAGAAGAAGAUAUCCAGCGCUUGACUUGGGAACAGGUCUUUAUUAUAUAGCCGGGGUAGGCAUACAGGUACAUGGAUAUAUGACGCGUUUCGGCUUGUAUCACCAAGCCUUAGUCAUACCAUACCUGUAUGUCUACCCUGGCUUUAUAAUAAAGACCUGUUCCCGAGUCAAGCUGGAUAUCUUCUUCUCUUCUAUUAUAUGGGCGUAGUCUACGCCAGUCUGUGCGCCUGCUACAGAAGGUGAGCUGAUACGAACUUUGCUCUAUAAAAUAAUUUUAUGGUACUUUAUUUGUUGUUCAAUACAUAAUAUUCAGCAAAGAAUGAUUUGUUUUUGGAAAUUGCCUGCAAAUUCAGUCUAGAACGUGUAGCAAGUUAUGAAGAACUCAAGUCCUUAACCUUACAGUAUAUUUCAUCCAACAAAAAUCCCAUAUUUCAGAUACGCCAUGCAUUGUGCAAUCUUGUUUGUUGAAGGAACAGGGAGCAGAAUACUUUUGCUGACAGUUUUUGCUACAUGUUUCACAUUAAAAAAGUGCCUUAUUUUGUGAGAUGGGUUGUUUCUGUACCAAAGCCCCAGAUGAUGAUUCCCCAAGUUCUCUGUGCUUAGGUUUCAGUGUAAUGUGGUGGUCACCUUGCUGGAGAUGCAGACAAUUUGUAGGGUCUUAUAAUUUGCAUGCGCUGUUUAGAUCUAAACUCAGGAAUAAUUAAGGGUUUGCCCUUAGCCGUAGUUUGAGAACAAACUAUGAAGUUACAACUGCGUACUUCAUUCUAAUGAUUGGUAGGGGUCUGACACUCAGACCCUGACUGAUCAAAAGUUUUGACAUGUCUCUGUGACAUGUUAUACAUGGACACUUUAAGGUUACAUAUUCCUUAGUAAAUAGUCAGCUGACCUUGCCAAUAUCAGCAGGACAGGUAAAGCUUUUCUGUAAGGGGGCCUCCUUAUUCUCCCUCGACAGAUGAUGUAUGUUCACACGUACUGUGUAUGCUGAAGAUUUUAUGGUGUAAAAGUGCUGCAGCUAGAAGUUCACUGAAAGUACAUAUGGAUUUAUGAGAGGCCAAACCCAUUUAGUGUUUUUUUUUUUUCUUUGGCCUUAAUUCACUUAUCUUUGGUGUUUUUCAGCGAUUUAGACUCUAGUUGUUAUGGGGAAAAAAAUGCCAUGUGGCUUUAUCAUUGGCGUUUUUUCCCCCCCUCCAUUUCUUCAAUAUAAAUCCUUGAGGAAAGAAUCAUAUGACUUAUGAUAAAAAUUCCAACCUUAAAACCCACUAUUUUUAAAAAUCCGAUAUCUUGGGAGUGUGAAAUGGCGUCAGUUUUUUGACCAUUUUCACCAACUGGAAACUUAGCCAUAAAGGGGUACUCCACCCCUAGACAUAUCCCCCCAAAGAGUAGGGGAUAAAAUGUCUGAUUGCAAGGGGUCCCUCUUCUCUCCCUCCCUCCCUCCAUCUCAAUCUCUGGACAGCACCCAGCAUUCUAAACAGUAUGUUCAGAACGCUGGGUUCCCGUGACGGGGGGUCGUGAUGUUGUGACAGCCUUUGCAUGGGGGAUAAGAUGUCUAGGCGCAGAGUACCCCUUUAAAGGAGUAUUCCAGGAGUCGGAUGCAUUUUUUUCUUUCAAAGACAGCCCCCUCCUUGUCUCCACUUUGGGUGUGGUAUUACAACUUGCUCUAUUCACUUCAAUGGAACUGAGCUGCAGAACCACACCCAACCUGGAGACAAACAGCAAGAGGUCUUUGAAAGUAAAAAGGCCUGUUUUUUGAUUCCUGGAAUACCCCUUUAGGGUACGUUCCCACACGGCGUAUUUUGCUGCGUAUUUGGUGCUGCGUAUUUUCCUACCCAUUGACUUCAACAGAGAAAAUAAAAUACGCAGCAAAUAUGCCAUGUGGGAAUAUACCCUAAAGGUUACUCAAAUCCUAGCCCUUGGGGUAGGAGUUCCUCUUUCAUCAGACAGCCAAGCACAUCUGUGCAGGCAUUAGACCAGAAUGCUGUAAAAAUAUGGAGGAAUAAACUAAGACCUUUUACUGACUGCCAUAAAAAUCAGUAGUAGCCAUUUGCAAUAAUCUAAAAGGGGUACUCUGGUGGAAAACUUUUCAACUGGUGCCAGAAAGUUAAACAGAUUUGUAAAUUACUUCUA